AGUAGUUUUGUCUCAAUUCAAUUCCGUUGACGCAAAACAGUUGCAAAAAAUAUAAUGUAUCGAACUCAGACGUACACAAAGAGAGCGUGAUUUUUUGAUACUUCUAGCUGAAUUCCCUCAAGAUGGAUCAAGAAAUGGAAUCUCAAAAAAGUGACCUCGUUGCUGAUGGUUCAGAAGACAAGGGUAUAACAGUGAUGCAACACAAAGACAGCGAGCUUCCUGAUAAUUCCGCCAUGUCUGAACUGGUAGAAUCAAUGGAGAAUCCCCAAGAGGACAUGUCUUCUCAGCAUUUCAUGGACUCAAGGGCCACGAGUGGACGAGAUGAUCCCGGCCUCACCCUGGCUAAAGAAGGAACAGCUGAGAUGCAAUAUCACAAUGGACAGAAAUCAAGCAAGAGGCCCAACUCGCAAGGACCCCAACCGGUUGAAACAGCCUCUGCUUCAAAUCAAAGGCCCAUCCUCCAUCUCAGUUGUAGCCCUACCAAUGUUCUGGAUGCACCUGAUGAUAAUGUGGUGAUGCGGAGCCCUGAAAGCCCUGUCUGUAAACAACUCCCUGCAGACAGCGCCACUCCGGACAGGGAACCCAAGUUUCCCGAUCUAGCAGCAAACACAGACCAUUCAGAACUGGAAUCCCGGCCACCUGUCAAGGGCUUAGAUUCCGGAUUUCUCCCUCAGAACACAGCCCAGGUGGUUGCCACGGUUGCAUCCAAGGAUGCUGUAAAAACUGCACGCGUUUGCUCUUCUCAUACGAAACAUGACACUGGACGGCACACAGGAACAACUUUAAAAGGCUCUCCGUUCUCACAGGACGACAUGGAGAGGCGUUGGCUGGGGACCCCCAUCGAAGAGCUGAACCGAAUGCCCCAGUGUGCUCCUCCUUUGUCCCACCUGAAGCACACGGCCAGCCACACAGUCACAGUCAGGACAGACCUCCUGAGAGAGGGAGAGGUCCCCCAGCACUACCCGUCUAAGUUCAAGGACGCAUGGGACGACGUGUCCGUCAAGAUGCCCUGCUCCGAGAAGAACCUCUUCUCCGUGGAGACGGAGGGUGGAGGCGGUGGUGUACAGAGCCGAUGGGGGCUGAUCCAGACUGCCCUGACGGGCGAGUUCAAGAGUUCCUUGGACAUCAAGGAUGCGAUACUGAGGUACAACAUGACCCACGCCAAGAAGUGGGACUUCACGACCCUGAACCUUCUAUGUACAGAGGUUCUGGAGCGCUGCGAGGCCAAGGAGCUGUUUGAAGUGCUCCUGCCUGGCAUGGUGAAGCUGGCCCUCAGUGCCCCAAAAAUAUGCACAUCGCCCAUCCCCCUGCUGAAGGCCAGGCAGAACCACUCCCUGACUCUGUCCCAGGAGCAGAUCUCCUGUCUCCUGGCCAACGCCUUCUUCUGCACCUUCCCCAAACGCAACUCCCGCAACUCCAACUACCCCGAAAUCAACUUCCACAGAUUGUUCGAAGGCUACUCGUUGAGGAAGAUCGAGAAGUUAAAAACGCUGUUGUGCUACUUCAGGAGAGUCACACAGACACGGCCCAAAGGUCUCGUGACGUUCACCAGACAGUGUUUGAGCAACCCUCCGAACUGGGAAAGCUCUAAGACCCUGAUGACCCGACUGCACAUCACGUGUGAGGGGACGAUCGAGGAACACGGAUACGGGAUGCUACAGGUGGAUUUUGCCAACAGGUGUGUGGGUGGGGGGGUGACAGGCCAUGGGCUGGUCCAGGAGGAGAUCAGGUUCCUCAUCAACCCGGAGCUCAUAGCCUCCCGCCUCUUCACAGAGGCCUUGGAGAGCAACGAGUGCCUCAUCAUCACAGGUACUGAGCAGUAUAGUAAAUAUACGGGCUACUCAGAUACCUACAAGUGGAAGGAGAGCCACGAGGAUGAGACGCCCAGGGAUGACUGGCAGAGGAGGUGCACGGAGAUCGUGGCCCUGGACGCCAUCAAGUACCGGGAAUCCCUGGAGCAGUUCCAGCCCGAGAAGAUGAGCCGAGAGCUCAACAAGGCAUACUGCGGGUUCUACCGGCCCGGCGCCAACCACAAGCACCUCUCCGCGGUGGCCACCGGAAACUGGGGCUGUGGCGCGUUUGGCGGGGACCCACGACUUAAAGCCCUGAUCCAGCUGAUGGCAGCAGCAGAGUCCGGGAGAGACAUGGCCUACUUCACCUUCAGAGACGCUCAGCUGAUGAGAGACGUGCACGAGAUGCACACGUUCCUCACAGAGAGACAGACCACUGUCGGGAAGCUAUACAGCCUGCUGAACCACUACUCCAUGGCCGUGUGCAACAACUGUCGCACGCCCCGUCCCGACCUCUCUCUCUACGACUUCAUCCACGAGAGGCUGUCGCCCAGGACGCCUGUCCCUGCCGCCGCCAGCCCCGCAAAGGAUGCUGGGACGUCCCCGGGCGGCGCGUCCCGCCUCUGAGCGGCGGCCCAGUCCUGACGUACGCCACAACAGUGUUUUAUAGGAAUCGUUGGUUGAACCACACGUUGACACUACUCCUGUCCCUUUGAGGAGAAAAGAAAUGCUGCUAUGAAGUAGUUUUUUUUGACCGUUUUGAACCAAUGAAGUGUAUCAGGAGUCAAUUUCAAACAGGAAAAUAACCUGGAAUUGUAUUCUUAUUCUCAUAAUAUCUUUUUUGCAUAAUGGCAACCCAUGUGGAUAUUGAUCGCAAAACUAGUAUCCCUGUCUCAUUUUAGCCUUCACACUGUGCUGCUUAUUAUAAUAUUAAGUAGUUUAGAUUGCAAAUAUUAAAUUUUCGAAUAUUCAAUCGUGUUUGCUGACGUUGAGAUUCAUCCCACAUGUACUUGAUUGUAUCAUAAAUGGCUAUCCGUAAAGGGAUGGGAGUAGAUAUGAUAAAUUAACAAACAAAUUAUGUUAUUUCUUUGGACGGUGUUUCCUUAACAAAGAAAAAUCUGGUUCAGAUCGUGUAUCAAGUAUGUGCUGCCUCACCACAAUCUCUCUUUCUCUCUCUCUCUCUCUCUCUCUCUUUGCCUCCCUGAUGUCACUCAGCCUAGAACCGAAACCUACCAAACAGUUUGCCUUUCCGCUCGUCGCUAGUCGUACUAUCGGGACCUCAUAGUCAACAAACGCCCGGUGAGCUUAUGUGACACAGGCCCGUCUUGGCAAUAGUAAAUCCCGGUUGCUGUCAACCCCUUCUUGUUAGCCUAGCCAUGACACGUGGUGGAUCUAUGUUUUUGUUACUCUCAGAAGGUUAGGGUUGGGAGUGGGGUCCAUACGGUCAUCAUAUGCAUGAAUAUCGGGAUCGGGCCAUCGCCAGUGUUACCUUCUAGGGAAUGAUGGUACCCAAUCAUGACGGAGGAGAAAGCCUGAGAGCCGUACUCUAAAUCAAUCUAUGCAUGGUUUACGCUCCCUUUAUUUCUGUCUAUAUAUACUGCCAUAUUCAAUCAUGCUCAUCGUGAUGUGAUGCACUUCAAUGUUUUAUACAAAUGUUAUCAAAAUUGCGAGGGAGGUUAAAUUGGGUUCAAGUUAACUAUCAUCUGUUUCAUUACAUAUCAGCCUUACCAUGCUAACUCUAAAUGGGUUUAUUCACUGACAGCUCACGGUGCAUCAUUAUUCAUCAUUAUUAGCCAGCGCAAUAACUGUGCACGCUAGAAACACCUGAUUAAUAUAUUACUUUUACUCUACAUGUGCUUCAAUUAGGGUCUGUUGAUGUUCACAUGAUGUUUGAUUGACAAUAUCAUACUAUUUAAUGGAUAAUUAAUUAAAAUAUAUCCUGUUCAAACGGUUUUAUUGCAUUUCUUAUUGUAGUACAGUUGAUUGCAGUUUUGAACGGGUCAAGUUAGGGUUACUUAGGGUCUAAAUUAUUUAGUGUGGUUUGUUAGGCCUACUCUGGAUGUAUGAUGUGAUGAAGAGCUACUUGCGACUUGAAGACCAUUUGAGUAUGAUCGGAAACCAAAUGUAAACACAUUUUUACAGUAGCAAGCCAGUAUUUUGUUUACACAAAUACAGUUCAAUUAUUCAUAGACCAAGCUCAAAAAAUGGCCUUUAUCGCCGUUUAUGGCAUCAUUACAACUAAUGAAUAUUAGUCUGUGUUGUACCAGGGCACCCUACAUUUGUCACUAUCAUAACAUCAUACAUAAUUCAAUUAUCUGGAAACAAUUGAUUUUGGAGACGGCACAUAUAGGCCUAGGCUAUAGCCUUCGGGCUAAUUUAAUAUUGCCUCAACAUUUUUUAUUCGAUAAAUUAUGGUUGGUAAAUAAGCUAAUGACAUGGACUUCCUUAAAUAGAAGGAGAAAAGUGGAUUAAGUUUGUGCCUCUGCUCUUUGUACUGAGUGACUAGUAGAUUAGAUAGGAGCAGUGUCUAUUCGGUUUUGUAGGCCAACUGUUGAUGAGGACGUCCGUUAGCAACGGCUACAGAUGCUAACUGAAUUCAUUAGCAUUGAACAGGCUAGCCACAGCCCAGUGACACUAGAAAUAAACUGCAGUCUAGUUCAUAUCAUACAACAAAAUGUUCCACAUUAACCGUAGCCUAUAUUUUAUUUUAAUCCACAGUGCCAUGGGGUAUACUUGAAACCUGUCAUCCAUACAUGAAUACUUUGCACAGAGAAGUUAUGGGGAAAAAAUAAGGGCCAUUUAGCCAGUUUUUCAAUUUCACUCUGAACAUGGAAUAAUAGUAUUGCACUAGUGUUGCUCAAUGUCUGCCAGUAUAC